UCGAUCUAGUAUUUCCUCUCCCCAACACUUAGCCCAGGUUGCCGCUUUUCUGGCCACACUCUCAUGCUGCUGAAAUGGACUGUCAGCUUUUCGUAUGUGGCCCUGCCAAGAAAAGACUUUACCAGUAAAUUCCCAGAGGACUUCUCCAUCAUGGCCCUGGUAAAGCCCAAGUCCGGCCUGCAAGCCUUCCUGCUCUCCAUCUACAACCACCACGGCAUCCAACAGCUGGGCGUGGAGCUGGGCCGCUCCCCCAUCUUCCUCUACGAGGACCAGAGCGGUCGCCCCGCCCCCGAGGACUACCCAAUCUUCCGAGGGGUCAACCUGACGGACGGCAAGUGGCAUCGGGUGGCGCUCAGUGUCAGCAAGAAGCAGGUGACCCUGAUCCUGGACUGCAAGAAGAAAGUGACGCGGCCACUGCCCCGGGGGAACCAGCCAGUCAUCGACACGCGUGGCAUCACCACCUUUGGAACCCGCAUCCUGGACGAGGAAGUCUUUGAGGGCGACAUCCAGCAGCUGCUCAUCUCCUCCAGCCCCCAAGCGGCCUACAACUUCUGCGAAGAGUUCAGCCCGGACUGUGGAGGAGUUGCUCAGAAGCCUCAAGCCCAGGAGGCCCAGCAGAGGCCCAGCAGGCCUGAGAAGCCAGCCAAGGGCAAGCCUCCUGCCAAGCCCAAACCCAAGCCGAAGCAGCAGCCCCAGAAGCGCCAGUUAAUGGGCCCAGUGCCCACCAGUGUCAAGACGGGGGCCAAAACCGGAAAGCAUCCCGGCAACGGAAAGUCCGCCUCGGCCAGCGGGAAGACCUACGGUGGGGGCAGUGGUGGUACCGGCGGCAAGGCGACGUCGGGGGGCAAAUCCUCACCCACGAAAACCUCCCCGGGCAAAUCGGGGGGCCAGGCCUAUGCCGGCCCCGGUGGAGCCCGGAGGCCGGGAAACAGCUACCAGCAGGAUGUGGGUCUGCUCCCCACAGAAGAGCCCUGGGGGGCUCACGAAUAUCUUGACUACACCUUGCCUCCUGAGGCGGAUGAGACGUACCGGGAAGAGAGCCCCACGGGGGAGGGGUUGCCUCCUGCCCCCUCUUCGCCACAGGGAGAGGAGGAGGUGCCCAGCCCACAUCCUGCUGUUGCUGCAGAGGAGGAGGAGGCAUUCACUGAAGAGGAGAUCCCUGGCGUGGGGCUGGAGUAUGAGUUCGCCUAUAAGAACUAUGGCGAGGGGUCGGAGCCGUCGGAGCUGGGCCCCGUGCUCUCAGCUGAGACGCCCCACAGUGAAGGCGCCGUGCGUGGAGCCAGGGGCUUCAAAGGAGAAAAAGGAGAGCCGGCCGUCUUCGAACCUGGGAUGUUGGUGGAAGGUCCCCUUGGCCCAGAAGGACCUCCGGGCAUCAGUGGGCCGCAAGGCACCUCAGGACCUCCCGGACCUCCUGGUGACUCUGGGGAGCGGGGCCCCCCGGGACGCCCUGGUAUGCCUGGGUCGGACGGUGCCCCCGGACCUCCGGGCACUUCCAUGAUGCUUCCGUUCCGGUUUGGGAGCAGUGGAGGCGGCAAGGGGCCAGUUGUGGCGGCACAGGAAGCCCAGGCCCAGGCCAUCUUGGAGCAAGCCCGUUUGGCUUUGCGUGGCCCCCCAGGACCGAUGGGCUACACGGGGCGUCCUGGGCCCUUGGGCCAACCCGGCAGUGCUGGCAUGAAGGGGGAGCCUGGAGACUUUGGUCCUCAGGGUCCGCGGGGGCCACAGGGGCUGACCGGCCCCCCCGGGAAGGCAGGCCGCCGAGGUCGUGCUGGUGCGGACGGGGCACGAGGAAUGCCUGGGGAAACAGGAGUCAAGGGUGACCGCGGGUUUGAUGGGCUCCCUGGCCUUCCAGGCGACAAAGGACACAGGGGUGACACUGGCUCUCAGGGCGUCCCUGGUCCGCCCGGUGAAGAUGGCGAGAGGGGAGACGACGGUGAAGUUGGUACACGCGGUCUUCCUGGAGAAACAGGACCUAGAGGUCUGCUUGGCCCCAAAGGGCCCCCAGGGAUCCCAGGCCCGCCGGGUGUCCGUGGCAUGGAUGGACCACAUGGGCCAAAGGGGAAUCUGGGACCUCAAGGGGAGCCGGGCCCCCCAGGUCAGCAGGGGAUGCCAGGAACGCAGGGACUGCCAGGACCUCAAGGUGCAAUGGGGCCCCCUGGGGAAAAGGGCCCCAGAGGGAAGCCCGGACUCCCGGGGAUGCCUGGCUCGGAUGGCCCGCAUGGCCACCCUGGCAAAGAGGGUCACCCAGGCACCAAAGGAAACCAGGGCCCAUCCGGUCCUCAAGGCCCUGUUGGCUAUCCAGGCCCUCGCGGUGCAAAGGGAGUUGAUGGCGUCCGAGGCCUGAAGGGGCAUAAAGGUGAGAAGGGAGAAGAUGGAUUUGCUGGCUUCAAGGGCGACAUGGGCGUGAAAGGCGACCGGGGUGAAAUUGGUGUCCCAGGAUCCCGAGGUGAAGAUGGCCCAGAAGGCUCCAAAGGUCGGAGUGGCCCCCCUGGAGAUCCAGGCCCCCUCGGGCUUCUAGGAGAGAAGGGAAAACUGGGCGUGCCAGGUCUGCCUGGGUAUCCAGGGAGACAGGGACCCAAGGGCUCUCAAGGCUUCCCUGGAUUCCCCGGGACGAAUGGCGAGAAAGGGGGGCGGGGUGUCUACGGGAAGGCUGGACCCCGAGGCGAGCGGGGCCCCACGGGCCCCCGAGGGCAGCGAGGGCCACGAGGAGCCACAGGGAAGCCAGGAGCAAAGGGCACCUCUGGCAGCGAAGGUCCAGCCGGACCCCCCGGGGAACGGGGGCUCCCAGGAUCACAAGGACCGAAUGGAUUCCCUGGACCGAAGGGGCCUCCAGGCCCUCCUGGGAAGGACGGGCUGCCCGGCCACCCUGGACAGCGAGGAGAAGUCGGAUUCCAAGGCAAGACAGGGCCCCCUGGAGGUCCGGGGGUUGUGGGGCCUCAGGGCUCAGCAGGAGAAACGGGCCAGAUGGGGGAGAGAGGCCACCCGGGCCCACCUGGACCCCCGGGAGAGCAAGGCCUGCCUGGCCCAGCUGGCAAGGAAGGGACCAAGGGUGACCCCGGCACCACUGGAGGCCUGGGGAAGGACGGGCCGCCUGGAUUGCGAGGUUUCCCUGGAGAGCGGGGCCUUCCUGGCACCCCUGGUGGCGCUGGGCUGAAAGGCAACGAGGGACCUGCUGGACCCCCAGGACCUGCCGGAUCCCUGGGGGAGAGGGGGACACCUGGGCCAGGAGGCCCCAUCGGGCCCCCAGGAAGACCAGGGCCCCAAGGACAACCUGGGCCGGCUGGGGAGAAGGGCGUGCCUGGUGAAAAGGGCCCCAUAGGCUCCGCUGGCCGUGACGGUGUCCAAGGUCCCGUUGGGCUGCCCGGCCCUGCAGGAACCCCGGGGGGCCCAGGUGAGGAUGGCGACAAGGGCGAAGUGGGUGAUGCGGGGCAGAAGGGCGGCAAAGGCAGCAAAGGGGAGCACGGGCCACCAGGGCCACCUGGCCCACUGGGUCCUGUCGGGCAACCAGGAGCUGCGGGUGCAGAUGGAGAGCCUGGAGCAAGGGGCCUCCAAGGCCACUUUGGGGCAAAAGGCGACGAGGGGACACGAGGGUUCAAUGGGCCCCCGGGGCCCAUUGGCCUGCAGGGUCUGCCUGGACCAGGUGGCGAAAAGGGGGAGACGGGAGACGGGGGACCCCUGGGACCCCCUGGACCCCCAGGACCACGAGGCCCAGCGGGGCUGUCCGGAGCUGACGGUCCACAAGGCCCACCAGGGGGCAUAGGAAACCUUGGCCCCCCAGGACAGAAGGGUGACCCAGGAGAACAAGGGGGUCCCGGCGUCCCCGGAGAGCCAGGGGGUAAGGGCCCGCGGGGCGAGAGAGGAGAGACAGGUGAAACAGGAGUUCCUGGCACAGCUGGACCCCCCGGCGGGAAGGGCCCCCCUGGAGAUGACGGGCCCAAGGGCAACCCUGGCCCAGUCGGUUUCCCUGGAGAUCCAGGACCCCCCGGCGUAAUGGGACCCCGGGGCCAAGAUGGAGCCAAAGGUGAUCGUGGCGAAGAUGGCGAGCCAGGAGAGGCGGGUUCCCCGGGGCCAACCGGUGAGAACGGCCCUCCCGGCCCGCUAGGGAAGAGGGGCCCGGCCGGUGCUGUAGGCCCCGAAGGACGGCAAGGGGAGAAAGGGGCCAAGGGAGAGGCAGGAGCCCUUGGACCCCCUGGGAGUACAGGGCCAGUGGGCCCUCAGGGGACCCCUGGGAAGCCAGGAACGGAUGGAUUGAGGGGCCUGCCUGGAUCAGUGGGUGCACAAGGCAAGCCAGGACCCUCCGGCCAGGCUGGGCCUCCCGGACCAGUGGCCCCCCCCGGCUUGCCUGGGCUGCAGGGCGACUCUGGACCCAAAGGAGAGAAGGGACACCCCGGUCUCAUUGGCCUGAUCGGACCCCCGGGAGAGCAAGGGGAGAAGGGGGACCGAGGCCUGCCUGGCCCACAAGGCAGCGGGGGCCAGAAAGGAGAGCCUGGGAUCCCUGGUCCGACCGGCCCCAUUGGCCCUGGUGGGCCCCCUGGAGUUCCUGGUCCACACGGCCUCCCAGGCCCCAAAGGAGCCAUGGGUCAAGCUGGACCCAAAGGUCAGCGUGGAGUGCCUGGUCCCCCCGGACACCCGGGCCCCCCUGGCGAAGUGAUGCAGCCGCUGCCCAUCCAGAGGCCCAAGAGGUGGAAGCGCUUCGUGGACGGCAGCCAGCUCGUGCCCAAGGAGGAGGAGGGGGGGGCAGCGAUGGCCUCGGACGCAGCUGGCCACAAGCCCUCCAAGGGGAUGGAGGAGAUCUACGGCUCCCUCGACUCCCUCCGGCAGGAGAUUGAGCAGAUGAGGAAGCCCCUGGGCACCCAGGACAGCCCCGCCCGCACCUGCCAGGACCUCCAGCUCUGCCACCCGCACCUGCCCGACGGCAACUACUGGAUUGAUCCAAAUCAAGGCUGCUCUCGGGAUUCCUUCAAGGUCUUCUGCAACUUCACAGCGGGGGGUGAGACGUGCAUCUUCCCCAGCCAAGAGAUUCGAGAGGUGAGGAUGUCCGCGUGGGAGAAAGAGAAGCCACAGAGCUGGUUCAGCCAGUUCCAGAGAGGCAGGAAGUUCUCCUACGCGGACGCAGACGGUAACCCCCUGGGUGUGGUCCAGCUCACUUUCCUGCGCCUGCUGAGUGUCUCAGCCCGGCAAAAUUUCACCUACCACUGCCAGCAUUCGGCAGCGUGGCACAGCCGCGACUCCCCCCCUGGGGGCUAUCAACGUGCCCUGCGUUUCCAGGGGGCCAACGAGGAGGACAUGAGCUACGACAACAGCCCCUACAUCAAAGCCCUGGUGGACGGCUGCGCGAUGCGGAAAGGGUCAGACAAAACUGUUCUGGAGGUGAACACGCCUGAGGUGGCGCAGCUCCCUUUGAUGGACGUGCUCGUGAUGGACUUUGGAGAGCCCAGCCAGAGGUUCGGGUUUGAGGUGGGCCCGGCCUGUUUCCGAGGAUAGAACGGAACCCCUCAGUGUAUGGAGCUCCCCCUCUCCCAGGUCGGUCGGUCUCCAGUGGCUCAGCCCCCCCCUUCUUCCACCACCACCACCAGCGACUGAGCGGGAUCCAUCCUGCCCUCCCCCCAUCGCCAAUCUGCAGCCAGGGGGUUGACAGCACAGAGACCGAGGGGAGUUCCAGGCAGAAUUGGUUGCGGAGGGGGGAGCACUUGACAGAACAAAGAGAUUUGGAUAUUUUGGAACAAAUCCAUCUAUAUUUUAUUGUGUGCUUAUUUAUUAUUCCAAUGGAAACAUCCCCCCCUUUAAAAUAGACACUUCCCCCCCCACAUGCACACAAUUUCCCAAAUGGGGUCCCCCCUUCUCCCCUCCUCCCCUCCCCCCACUACACCUCCAAUCUUUUAUGGUGCGCUGACCCCUCGACUGUAGCCCUCUGGUGCCUGAUCUCGUAGCUGCCUCCUCCCCAGCACUACAGCAGUGCCCCCCCCCAGGUUCAUUCCAGCGCAAACAAUCUGCUCAACUUCUUGGAGUUGUGACCUUUCAGCCCCAUAGGUAUCACCGCAGAUCCCAAAUCCAAGUGAAAAUUUCCCGAAAUUCCGACCUUUCCAGGGAGGCCCUUGUUGCCUCCAAAACAGGACCCCCCUCAACCCUCUGCAGAGCUGAGGAAGGGUCCCUGUGCCCAGCCAGAGACCCCCUCCCAUGAUAACCUCAUUAGACUUCCUCCUUCUCUUGCUGUGCCUGCAUGGGAGGGAGACAAGGUUCUAAUUACCCUCCUGUAAUCGCAGGUGGGGGGGAAUGACUAGUCCUGCUCCGUUGACCACCCUAGCUCAGAUGGGCAGGGGUCUUGGGUUUUGCAAAAGGGAAGCCACGAACCUCUUCCUGGCCCUCUAGGAGGACCCUGUAAGCCACGUGAACCACCCCUCCUAAGUGUUAAGCCAUCAGAGACAAACGUCCGGUAGCAUUUCAUGAAGGGCUAAAAUGGCCCUGGACUGGGCAAAUGAGGCUACCUCAGAGAGUGAGAGAGCAGGGAGAGGCCUCUGGAUCCCCUCCCUGCCCUGCUUAAUUAUCCCUUCCCUUCCUGGUGCUGUCCCCAGCCACGGCUGAUGUUUUGGUGCGCGAUUCCCAUCAGCCCUGAACAGCAGUCCAAAUCACCUGGAGUGCACCAAGUUGGGGACACCUUAGGGUUAACCCACUCAUGCUGGAGCUGGUGGGACAUUCUGUCUUUAGACAGUCUGUAAAAACUUGGCCCUGCACCGGCAGGGGAUUGUGUGUGCCUUUUGCACAAAUGGGUCCCACCCCUGAGCCCUCUCCCCUCAAUGCAGCCAGUCCACAGCCCCUCCCCUGUCCACCCUCUCCGAAUUUGCAGGCCCUGAAAGUGCUCUCCUUAAAGGCUGCCACAGAUCCUUUUGCCCCCCCCCCAAACCCCAGAGCAGUCCCAAAGAUUAAAAAAAAGGAACCUCUGUGUUUUUGUUUUGCUUUUUAUGAAAAAUUAAAUUAAUUAUAUUAUUUAAAGGAGUGGAUAUAAAAGAGAGACUAUUUUCAUCUCCUGCUGUGUAUUUUCAGUCUUUUUUAUUUUUAAAGGGAACAAAAGUGAGUUUCAUAUCGUUUCUGGUGCUUGGGAAGUUUAAAAAUAAAUUUAUUUUCUCUUGGCCGCCUGCAAAUUCAAAGUUGUUUUUUUUAAGGGGUGCCCAUACAAAGGCUUUUUUGUUCUCUAAAAAGCGGUGCGAGCGCCCCCUGGUGCUGGAUGCAGGCGACCCAAACCGUGUAAUGUUUUGUAA